AUGCAAGUCUCAGCUGUCAACACUCAAGAUGCAUCCUAUGACAUGACUUGGAGCUACAACCAAGGGGAUGCUUGUGGCUAUGCUCAACCCACCACUGAGCAAAGCAUAAUCUCUGAGAAGAAGGCCUUGAGGGAAGAUAAAACUGUGGUCUUGACCAAGGAAUGCAGUGCAUUGAUUCAAACGAAGUUACCCAAGAAAAUGCCUGAUCUCGGAAGCUUCCUAAUUUCCUGUACUAUUGGGACUUCUACAUUUGAAAAGGCACUGUGUGAUCUUGGAUCAAGCAUAAAUAUCGUGCCGCUCUCUGUAAUAAAGAAGCUGGGGAUCGAAGAAGCACAACCAACAAGAAUUACACUGGAGAUGGCUGACGAGUCUUGGAAGCAGGCAUAUGGGCUAGUGGAAAACGUACUGGUCAAGGUUGGAUAG